UGAAGGCUCCGUCGACGACAUGUCCGAAGUUCCGCUGACCGAGACGGACAGCAGUCAGGUCCUGUCCCCGAGUCUGCAGCAAGACGACGACUGGGAGGCCGCUCUGAUCCACGAGGUGCCGCAGCAGAGGCUCCUCUCUGCCGAGGCCCAGACCAUCUCCAACAUACUGGAGAACUGCAUCGGCCAAAUCGAGAUCGCGGCAUCCCUGCCCGCCCUCCGCCAAUUAAUCUUCCCGUGUGCUGACGUGCAAGAGGAGUUCACGGGGACUCUCGGGGUGUAUCAGAUGUUAACCGAGAGGCUGGAAACGUCAAAUGACCUCCAGGAGGUGCGAGGUGGACCGGCUGGGGAAGAAAGCGCCAGAAGGAAAAGGAAGGCCCAGCUCCAGAGAGACUUUAAAUACUCCGUCAGGGAUCUGCUCAGGUUUUUCCGGACCCACCCUGAUGCAAUUUUGGGUUUAAAACAAGAGGUUGGCAUGGAGGUUGGAGAGACCGAGUACACGCUCGUCGUAGGCCUGAAGAAAUUCCAUGUACACAUGAUUGAGAGGUUGCAGACCAGCCCGGAAGAGGAAAUACUGUUAGCCCUCGAGACUGUGUCGCCCGACACCGAGCUAAUUGUCAAACUGGAAGAAACAGCUGCAGCUAUCAUACAAAAAGAUGUAGAGAUUUCCCAGAAAAAAGACGACAUCGAAACCUUGGAGCGUCUUCUGAAAGAGAACCAGAUCGAAGUCGUGGACUGGCAGCUCCUCGCCGACGAACAGUGCCAGACCCUCAUCAAGGAGUCGCAGGUGAAGCAGGCCGGCGUCCAGCAGGAGAUAGACCGGCUCAACAUCCGCAUCCACACGUCCAUACUUAAGUUCAGAGAAGGCGAGAAAACGCUCCAAGAGAUCAACGAAAAUGUGGAGAUGGAAAUAGAAUACUUGCUCCAAAAGUUUGAUGAUGAAAUAGAAGAGCACCAGGCUGAUUUGGAGUUAUGCCAGAAGGAUGUUGAAAGGGAGGAAGGGGAACGCAUAAGACUGGAGAAGCCUUACGCCGACCUGGAGAAAGAGUACAACCACAUCAUGGAGAAGCGGCGGCUCGCGGAAGAGAAGCGGGUUUCGGAAUUGAAGCUUAAGGUUGCUCUUUACUGUCAGUCGUGGUGGAGGGGCUACUGUACUCGCAAGAUGUUGGCCAGCAACCCCAUCACACCGGGUAAGGGAGGCAAAAAGAAGGGCAAGGGCAAAGGCAAAGGCAAGAAGAAGAAAUAGUGCAGUGGGAGAUUGUUCUAAUGUGACCACAUGGUGGCAGUAUAGGAGCGCUCAAUAACGCGGAAUAAGGUGAACCACUUUCUGCUCCAGAUGAAGUACAGUACAGUACAGUACUUGAUUUUGAAGACGGCAUACCACAGAGCCUCAACAUCCAUGAAAAUACGUGCAUAAAAUUUGACAUUUCCGAAAUGUCCUUUGCGUCACCGCACCCCGAUCCCGAUUUGUCCGAAAUGAUCAGCUCUCACGCGUGGGCUCAGCUGUCUCCCUGGCGGCUCUCGACCAGACGGAAGGGUUAAAGGUCACGCGCAGCGACAGGAGUCGUUCAACAUGAAUGAGCGUCAUGGAAAACCAAUACUGUACAUUACGGUAGUUACAUUUUUGAUUUCAGAGUUAAAAACUUUGUUUCUCUGCCACGCUUACCAGUUCUGGGAAAAAAAAAAUGCUUAUUUUGCAGUGCCCAUAUUUGGACAUACGUCUGUUAGCACAGUUGUGAGGUUUUCAUGGAAAAUGCAUUUUAAUUUUUUUUGUGUGUAAAUUCAUCCCGCAGACUACUGGUCAGAGAUCCAUUAAAUAAAUGUUAUGCAAACUAUGUUUUUUUUCCUCAAAAUGUUAAAUUUAAUUUCUUUUGUUUUUUAG